CAACCAUGUCCCUUACAAGCCUACACGCAUUGCAAACUCAUCAUAGUUACUUUCCCUAUCGAUCCAUCUCUAUAUAUCAAAUCAAAUCGAACCACCAAACCACCAAACCAUGUCCGUCCUAAGCGUCCACGCCUCCGCCUCCCACUCCUUCUCCAAACCCAGCGUCCCAAGCAUAACCCUCCUCCCCAACCUGGGCGUGCAAGGUGACGCCCACGCCGGCGCCACCGUCCAGCACCGCUCGCGCCUACACAUUAGACCCCCGCCGCCAAAUCUCCGCCAGGUGCACCUGCUCCACGCAGAGAUCCUGGCGCCGGUAGGCGGUGCGGGGAGUAGGACGCUGGUGCUGGUGCUAAUGGUCCGCUCCUACCGGGCGAUAUGGGGGAGAAUAUUACGACUAAGGGUAUUGAUCUGUUGGCGCUAG